AUGUCGCGGCUCAAGCUGAAGGCCCUGGAGCAGCGGCUGCAGGCGCUGGAGGCAUUCGAGACGCCCAAGGUGUCGCUGGAGCAGUACGCCACCUCGCCGCACAUCGCGGCGCGCCUGCUCCACACGGCGCAGGCGUGCUACGGGGACGUCGAGGGGAAGGUGGUGGCGGACCUGGGUUGCGGCUGCGGCGUGCUGGCCGCGGGGGCCUCGCUCCUGGGGGCGGGGGCGUGCGUGGGCUUCGACGUGGACCGCGACGCGCUGCGCGUCGCCCGCGCGAACGUCGAGGAGCUGGGGAACGUGGACCUGGUGGAGUGCGACGUCCGGCUCCUGUCCGCGGCCGACGACGACGUCCUCAACUGGCGGUUCGACACCGUCGUCAUGAACCCGCCGUUCGGCACGAAGCGCAACAGGGGGCUGGACAUGGAGUUCCUGAGGGCGGGGCUCCGCCUGGCGACGUGUGCCGUGUACUCGCUGCACAAGACGUCGACGCGGGCCCACGUGCUGCGCAAGGCCGCGGACUGGGGGGCAGAGGCCCGGGUCCUGGCGGAGCUGCGGUUCGACCUCCCCGCGUCCUACAAGUUCCACAAGAGACAGUCGGUCGACGUGCGUGUGGACUUUGUGCGGGUGUGGUUCCCUCGUAAGAAUAAGUGACCGGUACUUGUUGUUAACGAAUGAUAUAUGAUCAUGGAUAAUUAUCAGGUGUGAAUAUAAUUUCCUUCUUAUUUGACAAUAUACAAAGUGAGUUGAUUUUUAUUUGUGACUUAAAAAAAAUAUCUUUUAAGUCUUUCGAAACCCUCUAUGUUGUGAAAUAUUGAUAAGUACUCUGGAAUAUUAGUGGAAAUAAUUUUUUGAACUUAUUUGAUAGCUUAUUUAUAUUGAAAAAUGGUGAUGUUUAUUUUAUGGUAAAGUUACCUAAUGUAGUUCUUUUAUGUAAUUUUUGACCAAAAAUGUAAAGCUAAAUUUGAUUAGA